AUCUUUUAUUGUACAGUAUUAUAUUUCCAACCACUCGGAUCAUGUAGUCCUCCUCAUAGACUCUAAAAGAAUCAAUGAACGUUCAUCAAUGAUAGAUGUCCGUAAUCAAAUCACAGAUAUCCAUCCGAUUCACGCUCAGAGGACCACACUCUCACUCAUCAUCGUGGUUAGGGAGACUCAACACUUUAGAAAAGCACUUCCAAGUUAAAAACUAUAGAAAUGAUCCCUGAAAGUAUAGUCUUAAUGAAUUUCAGCGCUCGAUCAGAGACCCUUCAGCGACACGAUGGAGCUCGGCGACGGUAAUGAACGAUGACGUCAUAGAUGCGACUCUACAUCGAUGAUUAAAACAACGCGCCAAACUACUCGGUUUAAGAAACCAUAUUAAUACAAACUCAAAUGAAAACAUAUCGGCUAUCACGAAGACUACGUCUCUUCAAUGUUAAUUCGAUAAUUGGUUAAAUCCACCAAGUUUAACGAGACUUCAUGAUAUUGCCUGAUGAAGCAGCGUGACCUAGAGCCGGAAUGGCUGGAUGAUGUCCAGAAGAACGGUGAACUCUUCUACCUGGAGCUGAGUGAGGGAGAAGAAGAAGCACUGCUGGCCCGAGCAUCUGCCAAUCACUCCGCUGCGACCAAUCACGUUCGUUUCAGCGAAAAGGAGGCGGAGAUCAUCACAGACAAUGGUAAAAAGCAAGCAAACUCCAGCAACAAAUCCAAAGCAAAACUUAAGAAGUUCACAAAGAUCCUGAGACCAAAGCGGCGGCCAUCUCAAAGGAAAGCCGCCGAUGGGAAAGACGGAGGGUUUUCCCAGCAUCCCACCUCCAUCCUGAAGAAUCAAGCGGGUCAGCGGCCUGGAGUCGUGGUCCAGCAGCGGCGUCUGAAGGACGUGUGUGUGUAUCUGAACCCGAAGCGCCUCGGCAGCGCCUCUCCUCCGUCUCCGGACAGAGGCGGCCUGCUGGAGGCCUUGCUGGGGGUCGUGCAUCGGCCGGGGGGAAAUACUGGGAAAACAGGGGGAAAACUCAUCAUCCACGGUCUGGUCCCGCACAGUCCUGCUAGCAAGUGUGCUGAGAUUCUUAUUGGCGAUGCCCUGGUUGCUGUGGACGAUGUGGACGUCACCUCAGAAAACAUCGAGAGAGUUCUGUCCUGUAUACCGGGUCCCACACAGGUGAGGUUAACUCUGGAGACGGUGUGUCCCGUCGGGAGCGGCCCGGACUCGAGGCCCAAAGCGUCUCCUCCGGUCAGUCAGCUGGUCCGACUGCUGUGGGGCGAGGACACAGUCGAGCUCCAGAUGUCCAUCGCACAUGUCCCGCAUAUAGUGAUGUACCUCUCGCUCAAACUGGACUCUGAGUCGCCGCAGGAGGAGCAGGAGAUUUUGUACCAGUAUCCGGUGUCCGAGGCUUCGGUCCAGCUGAAAGCGGUGAGAGGGAUUUUCCUGACGCUCUGUGACAUGCUGGAGAACGUCACGGGUGGACAGAUAGUCAGCUCCUCUCUGUGGCUCAAGCAGCAGUUGGUUCAUGUGGGCUACUGGAAGGAAGGAUCCAAUCUGCUGGUCAUCGCUGUUCCUGCCAGCAGGGUUCCUCUGUUGCAUCUGCAAACUGUGAUCGAGGGAGUCGUCCGGACGCUCAGGGUCAUGUACGGAUCUCUCGACAGCGGGUUCUGUGAGGUGGAGAACGUUCCUCGUCUGGAUCACUUCUUCUGCCUCUUCUUUCAGCAGCUCAUCCAGCCCUCCCGCUUGAUUGACAGCUCCAGGCCGCCCACCCCCGAUAUCUCAGGGAGCCUCUUCUUAGACGGUCUACCAGCCGUCCGCUGGCUCACUUUACCAGCAGACAUAAAGGUUGAAGUGGACACCGUCCUCUCAGACUUUGAGUCGUCGGACUUUGGUGACAUGUCUGAGGAUUUCUACGGCAUGAGGCGUCUCUAUGUCAUCUUGGGCUCCUGUCUGUUUUACAAGGGUUAUCUCAUAGCGAACCACCUGCCUAAAGAGGAGCUCGUGGACGUGUGUUUGUACUGUCAGCAUUACUGCCUGCUGCCGCUGGCGUCUGAGCAGCGUGUGGGACAGCUGGUGGUGUGGAGAGAGGUGUUUCCACAGCGCAGAUCCCAGAUCAGCCCCGGAUACUGCCAGCCACACGCACGACACUUCAUGCUCAUAGUGGGCCUGAGGCACUUCAUGCAGUGUGUGUUGCUGGAGGCCGGUGGCUGUGCGUGUCCCGCUCUGGGAUCUCCAGGUCCCGACUGCGUUUACGUGGACCAGGUCAAAGCCACGCUUCUUCAGCUGGAGAGUCUGGACGCCUCGAUCGAGGAGCGUCUCUCGGCCCCGCCAACUCCCUGCCUCUCCUGCUCUGAUUGGUUCCUUCCUGCCGGUGGGCGGGACAUCGGCAGCUCGCCGAUCCUCAACCGUCUGACGGCAGCGAUCAAACCCCCGUCUCCAGGCGGGAUCGGGCGGAGUCUGUUCGGGGAGGCGGGAUCGGGGUCCUCGAGUCGAAGAGGGCGGAGGCCGAGUCCUCAGAGGAGUGUGUCUGACAGCGGCAGCGAGGGUCACGCCGACUCGUCCUUCACCACACCGGACGCACGCAGAGACUCUUUCGGCUCGGGGGGAUCUGACGGCAGCUUGGGAAGUGCAGGAUUUUUCAAGGUUCCCCGGUUGAAGCACCCGAACCCGUUCUACCUGGGCUCGCUGAAGAAGAGUCUGACCGACAGGGAGACUGAGGAGAUGCACAAUGUUCUCAAACUGACCGCAGGCACUGAGAACACACUGUUUCAUUACGUGCUGAUGGAGACGGUGCAGGGCAUCUUUAUCGCUCCCACACACAGAGAAGUCCAUCAUCUGAGCGGCUCCAUCCACCCUCAGCUCAUCCACAACUUCUACCACUGCUGUCUGUCCAUACGACAGGCCUUCACGCUGAGCCUGCCCUCACGGGAUCGCAGAGGGACCGAGCGGCCCCAGAGCACUCGAGGUUUGGGUCCAGUCAAAGAACAUGGAGUUCUGUUCCAGUGCAAACCUGAGAACUGGACCGAUCAGAAGAAACCCGCCCCCACCAUGACCUACUGGGUCAUAGGGCGGAUGCUUCUGGAACCCGUCCCGCAGGAGUUUUACGUGUGUUUCCAUGACUCUGUGGCAGAAGCUCCUGUGGAAAUGGCCUUCCGGCUGUCGUUCGGCUUGGCCGUGUAGCGUCAGCGGCACACCAUCAUAAAGCACGAGGAGAUUAUUGUGAGGUAUGUGUGUGAACGAGGACUGAAAAUGCUGGAGACAGAACUAUCCCUGUGAUGAUAAUCAUGUGUUGGUGUGGACUGUUAAAUACAAGCAACGUCUCUAGCGAUGAACGAUGAAAUGCAUCCGAAAGGGUUAAAAAGCACAACUUUAAUACCUCAAAUACUGGAUUUCACAAGCUACAGGCUCACGAACACUAGAAACGCCAUUUUUCACUUGACUUUUCAAGUGUUUAUGACCACAGCCUUACCUGAACUUUUGAUAUGAAAUGUUUUAGUAUUUUUUAUUUAAGGUGUGAAACUUCAUAAGUUAAAACUUUGUAAUACGUUGUUCAUCCAACAAAUGUGCAUCAUUUAUCAAAUAAAUGAAAGCAGAUUUAACUUCAGGUGUUCUUUAUUUCACUGGAGUUUUUUUUACAAAAAUAAACCAUAAUGUUUCAACAAUAGGUUCACAUGUUACACAGCGAGUUUCAUGCAGAACGAAUGUGUUAUUAACAACAAUUUCCACAAUGUUUUCACAGAAGGAUUUACAUUAAAUCAUGUUUGCUUGCUGUUAUGUGGUUGAGCUCAAUUCAAAGUAGUUUUAUCAAUUAUUUUCACAGAAAUUCAUUCUAAUGAUUUAUGAGUUAAAGCUGCAGUCUGUAGUUUUUCCUCUUUGUCGCCACCUCUGUUCGAAAGCUGCAAUUGCAGACAUUCGCUGAAUUAUAAACUUUACGUGAGUUCACACUGCGGAUGAACAAUGUUUGAGGAGAGUGUGUGUGUCAGUCGCCGCUGGUGUGGAGACUGGCAUUCGAUCACAGAUUAUUCUUUUGGAUGUAUGACCAACAUAAUAGUUUUCACUGGAAAAUGUCUCUCAGAGAAUCACAUUCAAAUCUGCCUCCAUUUUGUUUUAGCCACGCCCAACCUCCAACGAUCCGAUCAAUUUCCGUCAAUCAAUUUUUUUUCGAAUUUCAGAAGCCGUUUCACUCGGAUAUACGUCACAACAAGGAAAAAAACGACAAUCUUUACUUCCGUUUCU